AUGAAGCUGUUUUCUUCUAUCACAGCUUAUAUUGUUGAGGAUGAUGGCCAUCGUCUUAUCUGCUCAAGGUUGGAUGGGAGACUCUCUGUAGCUGCAGAACAGGAGGCUCCUCUGGAUGCGGAAGAAAUAUGCGAUGUUAUCGCAGUGCUUGGACGGAUUGAUCUCGAAGGCGUGAACUACUUGCUUUUCGUCAGCGAGUCUACUGUUGUCGCCGAAUUUAACGAGCAUAAUAACAAGCAUGCGAUACACCGUAUCGACAAAGUAAAAGCUCUCCCUUUAGACUCUGAAGAUGUAGGUGCUUCUGCGUCCGUAUCUGCCACAUCUAUAGAUUCUUCGAGCCAUUGUUUGAAGCAUGGAACAGGAAGACUGAUAAAAUUCGUGCAAGACAAAAUUGGCAAUGCACCCAAACAGUUUUCCAUGCUUGAUGAAAUUCUUCGCCUCUUCAAUGAACGUCCGAGCUUUUACUUCUGCCUCAGUCGCGAUAUCACGCAUUGUACGUAUAGGCGUUUUUCGUCGCAACAAACUGGUCCUGAUGAGAGGUUCUUUUGGAAUAAAUUGUUGCUAAAGGAUCUGCUUGAAGACGGUGUUGAUAAAAAACUAGCAGCCAGAUGGAUUAUUCCUAUUAUGCAAGGGAAAAUCUCUUUUGGUAGUUUGGCAAUCGUGGAUGGUUCUCAAGUGAACUCCUCACUCAACAUACUACUUGUUUCUCGACGAUCAGUUUAUCGCGCUGGGAUGAGAUAUUUAAGGAGAGGAAUCGAUUGCGAGUCUAAUGUGGCCAACUUUGUUGAGACUGAGCUAAUUCUUAAUAUAUUUGAUCACCAUCUAUCGUUUGUUCAGGUGCGUGGGUCUGUGCCUAUUUUUUGGAGUCAGAAAGGUUUCAAAUACCGUCCUCCCUUGUCGAUCGAUAGAAAUAUCGAGGAAAGUUUGCCUUACUUCACAACUCACAUGGAAGACCUGUUGCAUAGAUACGGACCACCAUUAGUGGCAGUAAGUCUUGUGGAUCAAACUGGUAGAGAACUACAACUAGCAGCUAACUUUGUCGAACAUUCGGCAAGGAUGGACUGCUCUGAUUUGUACCUUGUCUCAUUCGAUCUUCAUCAGCAUUGCAAGGGACUCAAUUUUGACAAGAUCGGCGACUUGAUUGUUAACAUGGAGAGCCUGUUAGAACAAAUUGGUUACUGUUGGGUUGAUAAAACAGGUGAGAUUGUCAAAACUCAGCGUGGUGUGAUUCGUACCAAUUGUGUGGACUGUCUUGAUCGUACCAAUCUUGUUCAGGCAAGAUUGUUUGGCCCUCUGUGUGAUCCGCCAGAGACUUUAGUGACCCUUCUUCAAAACAUGUGGGCAGAUAAUGGCGACGCAAUAUCUACUCAGUACGCCGGAACUGCGGCGCUGAAAGGAGAUGUCACAAGAAGUGGUGAACGGUGUCUAGCUGGCAUUGUGCGAGAUGGUUAUAACAGUGCAUCUCGCUACUACCUUUCUCAUAUGAGAGAUUCAUCGCGACAGAAAGCAAUCAACGCGCUUCUGGGGUACAAAGAUCAAGGUUCAGAGUCCAUGGUGGAAUCAGAUUCAGAUUCUGAAGAAGACGAGAAUAUCUGUAGGCUAGCAGCCGAGACGGUUAACUUUCUUCUCCCCGUUGGAGAAAUUGUUGUUGGUGCUUGGGCAUUAUGUAAUUUGGAACAAGAUGCGGAAACGAUCGAUACGAUUUUGAUUCUUACCAGAACGAAGAUUUACGUAGCUGUUUAUGAUGACGACUUUGAAAAGCUCAUUGCCGUUAGCAUUCUUCCGCUUGACGAUAUCAGCUCUAUUGAGGUUGGUAAAUCAGGCCGCUCGUCAUGUGUUUACCUACGAGUGACGUGCAACGAUAAUACCUGGACGUGGCGUGCAGGACGAACACGUCUAUUCAAUAAUGUUGCAAUUCGUUUGAAAACUCCCGAUGAAGCUAAUGAAUAUACAGAAUCUAUAGCUGAGCAGGAAAAUUUAGACAAAAACGACCAUCAACCGAUGGAUAAGGAGCCACAGCCUGAGUUCGACACUGAUUCCGUGGAUCCAGUUGACAGUUAUACUUCUCGGGAGGACGCUAUAGAUUUCCGAGAUGAUAUGAAUCGAGACACUGCAUCCACAGCUCCGCCAAUGGUUCUCUGA